GCCGCCUUAAGCCGGUUGACUUUAGGACCGAAAGGAAUACUGCACGCUGCAAACACUGUCGUUACCCAGGAUAUGCCUACGUGCGUCCGUGCCUUUCAUGCUACACGGCUACUGCUGCUACUGACGUCACUGACGGUGGUGUUGUGCUGAGGUCCGCAAAAGAGCAUCACCCUCUUCUUCUGCGACCUUUACUGCCGGAAGGGCCUUGCACAAGGAUCAUCCAGCACAGGAAGACACUGCAGGCCAGCUGGUGGUACCCCCAGUAAAUUCCAAAGCGCCGUCCUAACAGCACUAAAGGAUACGAAAGUUCAGCUUCAACGGAACCUCGCGAUCACUAUUCGAAGUAAAAGGGUCGACGGAGCCUUGCAGUUCUCAGGUCGUGUCUUAUCCACCAGCAAGCAUGCAAGAAAAGCCCGAGCAGACGUCCUGCCCCGCAGUAAACGGAACGACCGAGACACAUAGCAAGAACAAGCAGUACCACGUGUCGUCCAUGGAGCAGUACCGUAGGAUGUACCAGGAAUCGGUGGAAGAACCGGAAGUCUUCUGGGGACGACUGGCUAAGAGGCUAUCGUGGAAGAUCAGCCCAAAGUUGAACCGUGAGGAUUUUGUGCGGUAUAACUUCGACCCCACGCAAGGACCGGUGGAAGUCUGUUGGAUGAAAGGAGCGGUGCUCAACGUCUGCUACAAUGUCCUGGACAGGCACGUCGAGAAUGGACUCGGGACCAAAGUGGCUUAUUACUGGGAAGGCAACGAACCCGAAGACCGGAGAACGAUAACGUACAAACAAUUACUGGACGACGUUUGUAGGUUUGCCAAUGUACUCAAAAGAAAAGGCGUCACGAAAGGAGAUUCCGUAACUAUCUACCUCCCAAUGAUACCAGAGCUCGUGGUGGCCAUACUUGCGUGUGCAAGGCUUGGAGCGAUGCACACAGUUGUGUUUGCAGGGUAUUCCGCCGAAUCUCUAGCCCAGAGGACUACAGAUACCAAGUCCAAAGUUAUGAUAACAGCGGAUGGAAGUUGGAGAGGAAAAAAGCUGAUCCAACUGAAACCGAUAGCUGAAUCGGCCAUUGCCAUUUGCAAAGGAAACGGCCAUGUGGUAGAGACCUGUAUUAUGGUACGUCACCUGAAACAAGACCUCAACUCCAACCACGUCAACGGCAUCUGCCUGGAGCCGCGCAUCAACAACGACUGCACGCUCUACAGCUGGUGGCACAAUGAAAUUGAGAUGGAAAGCCCGAAAUGCGACGUCGUCUGGGUGAAUGCAGAAGAUCCUCUGUUCCUACUCUACACAAGCGGAUCUACGGGAAAGCCGAAAGGAGUGGUUCAUUCAGCCGGUGGUUACCUGCUGUACGCCUACUCGACCGUCUACUUCACCUUCAACUACAAGCCCGACGACGUGUUCUUCUGCACGGCCGACGUAGGAUGGAUAACGGGCCACACCCACGUAGUCUACGGCGUUCUCGCCAAUGGAGCCACAAGCGUCCUGUUCGAAGGCAUUCCGUUUCAUCCAGACCCCGGCCGUUUUUGGGCCCUCAUCGACAGGUACCAGGUGAACAAGUUCUACACGGCUCCUACAGCUAUACGUGCUCUGAUGCGCUACGGCGAUGGAUACGUCAAAAUGUACAGCAGGCAGUCUCUCGAACUGCUCGGCACUGCUGGAGAGCCAAUCAGCCCGGAAGUGUGGCUGUGGUACCAUCGUAUUGUGGGAAACAGUCGGUGCACUGUGCUGGACACCUUCUGGCAGACGGAAACGGGAGGACAAAUGAUAACGCCACUACCUGGAUGUACGCUGCUCAAGCCGGGCUCUGCAACACUACCGUUCUUCGGUGUCGUUCCUGCCAUUCUUGACCAGGAUGGGAAAGAAAUGAAAGGCCCAGGAGAAGGCUUUCUGGCAAUCAAGAGUCCGUGGCCUGGAAUGAUGAUCACUCUGUACAAAGACCACGACCGUUUCCAAAAAAGCUACUUCUCAAAGUACCCAGGAUAUUACUUGACUGGAGACGGUGCUAGGAGAGACGAAGACGGGUACUACUGGGUGACGGGACGCAUUGACGACAUGCUCAACGUGUCCGGACACUUGAUCUCAACGGCGCAAGUCGAAUCAGCUGUUCUUGCGGUAAAAGAUGUAGCUGAAGCAGCAGCUGUUCCUCAGCCUCAUCAUAUCAAGGGGGAAUGCCUCUACUGCUACGUUGUACUGAAGGAUGGAGCUGAAUUUAGUGAAGAGCUUCAAAAGCAAGUGAAACACAGUGUGCGUUCCCGUAUUGGAGCGUUUGCGGACCCCGAGCACAUACGCUGCGUCCAGAGGCUCCCCAAGACGCGCUCCGGCAAGGUCAUGCGCCGCAUUCUGCGCCAGAUAGCACGGAACGACUUUGACUUUGGCGACACCAGCACCCUCUCUGAAGACGACGUCAUUGCGGAACUGCUCGUUUCAAACUGCAUCGUCAACAGUGGCAGCCACAAUGAUCACUAACUGCGUCGACUACUAGGACUCUGUUGGUUAGGGCAUUUCUGAAAUAACCUUGCUUAGUCACAAUGUACUUAAAACGAAUGCAGCGUUUGUGCAGGCUAUCUUACGGCUACACGACCAACUGAACCUGUCGCUCAUCUACACUAACAGCUCGUUGGUAUGAGAGUAUGGAAGAUGGAUUUGCAGUUCAUUAGCAUUUUAAGAAUGACACACUAUGGCAGACUUGCAAGGGAUCAGCCAAGUUGGUCUGACCGGCUCAAUGUCCAUAAAUGAAAGGUUUGAUGAGAGCAUGUUACCUUGCUGGACUGUGAACUUAUAUGAGGUUUUUCACAGCUAACAUCUGAACUAAUAUGGAGCAGCAUUUUCCAGAUAUGAGGCAUUCACGUUUAUAUUAACCAAUCUAGGAGCAUUGCCCAGGCUGGACAGUGUAUGUUCUACUCUUGAUGUGCAAUACAAUAUUGCAUCAUAAUGCUAUGCUCUGUUUGUUGGUGCUGCAGGGUAGACCACACUCUACAGUGUGUGCUACCUAAUGGUUGAAGUCCCCACUUUAAGAGGUGCUCUUCGAACAACUGGAAAGGUGCUGUGGCACAUAGCAUAAUUUUGCAAGAAUUGGAACUUCUUUAUUGUGCUCUGAAUGCAUGUAUUCAUAAAAAGACUCCGCAGUCAACUGUAAUAAAUCGAGCAUGGAAGUGUCGAUACGACUUAAAACUGUGGGCAUCAUUGUGACAAAUUUGGCUGCAGUGUUUCUAAGUCAACUUUUAAGUGCUUAUACAUAAGGAGUGACUUUUUUGAGUUAAACCCGAUUCCCCCCGGUUAUUCCCCCCCCCGAACUGACCUCCGACCAAUUCGGGUUAAACCCGAUUUCUCCCCGAAUUCCAGUCACUGUGAAAUCCUCCAGUGAAAGGUCACCACGUGUAACACAUGUAAGAAUGGGUAACCUACGUUCCCAGCAAUACACCCAUGUGUGUUAACACUGUCUAUGCCUUUGUGGAUUACCGCUGGAAGGUCACAAUUCCGAAAAAAAAAAAAAAAAAAAAAAAAAACACAAAAACAAAACAAAAGAGAGAGAAUUAGGAAAGGACUUAAUAGGCAAGAGGAGAAACAAAAAUACCCAAUAACACCCGAAGGCAUAAUUAUCGCCCGAUUUCUCCUCGAAUUACAGAUUUAAAAAUAGCGCCCGAUUUUUAGUCCCCGAAUCUGAGAAAGGCACUUAACCCGAAAAAGUCACUCCCUAACUUAUACUCUUGAACAUGCGCAAAUUAGUGUAAUUACACAAUAUGCACUUUUGCUAUGCUGCACUGGAUUCUAGCAACAAAUGCUGAACUAUUAAGCCUGAAAAGAUCAAACAACCACACUCAGAAACAUUCCUGUGGUGAAGAGAUUGCAGAAAAUUCAGCUAAACGCACUUAAUGAAAUUCUUCGGUUCUUUAUGAAAAUAAUAAUAAUAAUAGUAGUUAAAUAUAUUACCGGAUAUAUCAAAGCUGAAUCAUUCUACUAAAACUAUUUUUGACAUGGCAGCACACCGGACCAAUUCGUAUCUUUCUUUGUGGUUCUCCUCUGACAGUGACAAUGUGUGGCAUACUCAUUGUCCAGUAUACUGAACUCAACUAUAGUUGGCAUGGACUGCCGAGCUGCUCAAGUUGAAUGCCACGGAAGACAUAACCGUAUGCUAUUUUUGUCAAACUUGUCUACACGAUACGUUGCUAAAGCUGUAAUUACAAUCGUUGCACAAACCAAGUGAUAUCUUGUCUUAGUCUACAGCAAGGAUAAUGCACUAACUCUACACUAUUGAGCAUGUAUAUUAUGGGGGAUUUUGUGUGCUGAACAGCACUAUGGUGGAUGAGUGAUGAAAUACAUGAUUUUGUUAGUGUUUUUAAAACGAUGUAUGUAUCUUGUAAAGGGAUAUAGAGGUGUUUAUUGAGAGUACUGUAAUGAUACAGCAAAACGUGAGCUGCAAGCAAUGUCAGAGCUGUAAUCGUUGGUAUGGUAUGUCGUUUGCAAAUAAAAUAUGUCUAGUUAUU